AUGGAUGAUUUAUUUGACGUGUUUGAUGAGGCUCCCGGGGCUGUCCCUCCAAAGAUAGAGGAGAUUGAGGGGACUGAGUAUACCAAAGAGACAAAUGGGAAUGACAAGAAAAGGUCGCAUGGCGAGGAAGAUACGAAGAAGUCAACUCCAACAAAAAAGGCAAAACAACAGCAAGAUGUCAAGCCAGUUGUGUUUGACUCUGUUGAAAUUGAAGCGUCGAGAGAGGUUGAUGCUAGUGGUGGACUACAACAAACCACCGAAGAUCCUAACUCGAAAUUGAAAUUGAGACAUCAAGUGAGACAUCAAGUAGCAGUGCCACCAUCGUACCCUUAUGUACCUAUAAGUGAACACAAACGUGAGAAGGAAGCCAGGACGUAUCCAUUCACAUUGGAUCCAUUUCAAGAUACCGCAAUUUCAUGUAUUGACCGUAAUGAAAGUGUAUUGGUAUCAGCUCAUACAUCGGCAGGUAAAACCGUUGUGGCGGAGUACGCUAUUGCCCAGUCAUUGAGGGAAAAACAAAGAGUAAUCUACACAUCCCCAAUCAAAGCCUUGUCGAAUCAAAAGUAUCGUGAAUUGCAAGCUGAGUUUCAGGAUGUGGGGUUGAUGACAGGUGAUGUUACAAUAAACCCCGAUGCUGGUUGUUUAGUUAUGACAACAGAAAUUUUGCGAAGCAUGCUCUAUAGAGGUUCCGAAGUGAUGCGAGAAGUUGCUUGGGUCAUUUUCGAUGAAGUACACUAUAUGAGAGAUAAAGCAAGAGGGGUCGUUUGGGAGGAAACGAUUAUCUUGCUUCCUGAUAAAGUCCAUUAUGUGUUUUUAUCCGCAACAAUCCCCAACGCAAUGGAGUUUGCCGAAUGGAUUGUUAAAAUCCACAAUCAACCUUGUCACGUUGUGUAUACUGAUUUCAGACCCACUCCAUUACAACAUUACUUGUUCCCUGCUGGAGGUGAUGGUAUUCACUUGGUUGUGGAUGAAAAGGGAACAUUUAGGGAGGAAAAUUUUCAAAAAGCAAUGACCACCAUCGGUGACAACACCGGUGAUGAUCCAGCUUCUGCUGAAAAGGGGAAAGGAAGAAAAGGGCAAAGUUUCAAAGGGGGAAACAAAGACAGCAAGACUGAUAUUUACAAAAUCGUGAAAAUGAUUUACAUGAAAAAGUACAACCCAGUGAUUGUUUUCUCCUUUUCUAAAAAAGAUUGCGAAAAAUUGGCAUUGCAAAUGUCGAAAUUGGAUUUCAAUACUGACGAAGAGAGAACCGCAUUAACGGAAAUAUACAAUAAUGCUAUCGGUCUAUUACCGGAAAGUGAUAAAGAACUUCCACAAAUCAAAAACAUUUUACCAUUGUUGAAAAGGGGAAUAGGUAUCCACCACUCUGGUUUAUUACCUAUUUUAAAGGAAAUCAUUGAGAUCCUAUUCCAAGAAGGGUUUUUGAAAGUGCUAUUUGCCACAGAGACAUUUUCAAUUGGUCUUAAUAUGCCUGCUAAGACUGUUGUUUUCACAUCCGUCCGUAAAUGGGAUGGUGUGGGAUUCAGAUGGGUUUCAGGUGGGGAGUAUAUUCAAAUGUCUGGUCGUGCAGGAAGAAGAGGAUUGGAUGAUAGAGGUAUAGUCAUAAUGAUGAUUGACGAAAAAAUGGAACCACAAGUUGCCAAGGGUAUGGUUAAGGGUCAAGCUGACAGAUUAGACUCGGCAUUCCAUUUGGGUUACAAUAUGAUUUUGAACUUGAUGAGAGUCGAAGGAAUAUCCCCUGAGUUUAUGUUGGAGAGCUCAUUUUACCAAUUCCAAAAUGCCGCUAGUGUACCAGCAAUGGAGCAAAAAAUGCAAUCUUUACAACAUGAAAUUGAAGGUGUACAUAUCGACGAUGAGGCAACGGUGAAGGAGUACUACGAUUUACUGCAGCAACUCAACAAAUACACAGCUGAUGUGAGAAAAGUUGUUACACACCCCGGUCACAUAUUGCCAUUUCUUCAAGAUGGAAGAGUGAUUAAAGUCAAGGUUAGCGAUCACGACUACGGCUGGGGCAUGGUGACAUCAUUUGUCAAGAGGAAAACUAGCCGGUAUCAGACACAAGAGUUUAGUGCUCAUGAAUCGUAUAUUGUCAACGUGUUUGUAUACACAAUGUUUGUUGAUUCGCCUGUAAACUUGAUCAAACCAUUCAAUCCAGUAUUACCAGAAGGUAUCAGACCGGCAAGACCGGGGGAGAAAUCGAGAGCAGAGUAUAUUUCCAUCACCUUGGACUCGAUAGAGAAGAUCAGCAGUGUGAGGUUGAGAGUUCCCGAUGAUUACAAAAGUGCACAAGCAAAGCGAACAUUGGUGAAAACAAUGAAGGAACUUCCAAAAAGAUUCAAAGAUGGAAUUCCAUUGAUGGAUCCUGUUGAGAGCAUGAAAAUUGAUGAUGAUGAUUUCCGCACAUUGUUGCGCAAGAUUGAUGUCAUUGAGUCCAAAUUGUAUAGCAACCCGUUGCAUGACACAGCUAGGUUGCAAGACUUGUAUGCCAAAUACUCACACAAGGCUGAUACCGAGAAAAAGAUCAAGGACUUGAAGGAAAAGAUCUUGGAAGCAGAAGCCGUAAUACAGUUGGACGAUUUAAGGCACAGAAAGAGAGUUUUACGUCGGCUCGGAUUUAUUACUCAAAACGAUAUAAUCGAACUCAAGGGUAGAGUUGCUUGUGAAAUCAGUUCUGGUGAUGAAUUGCUACUUACCGAAUUGAUUUUCAAUGGUAAUUUCAAUGAUUUGUCUAGCGAACAAUCAGCUGCAUUGUUGUCUUGUUUUGUCUUCCAAGAGCGUGCAAAGGAAGCUCCACGUUUGAAACCAGAAUUGGCCGAACCUUUGAAAUUGAUGCAGGAAAUGGCGACUAAAGUUGCCAAAGUAUCGAAGGAGUGCAAAAUUGAUAUAACCGAGCAGGACUACUUGGAGCUGUUUAGACCAGAGUUGAUGGAGGUUGUUUACGCCUGGUGCAAAGGAGCGUCAUUUACUCAGAUUUGUAAAAUGACUGACGUAUACGAAGGUUCGUUGAUUAGAAUGUUUAGAAGAUUGGAGGAGCUAAUAAGACAGUUGGUGGUUGCUGCGAAAGCUAUAGGAAAUGUUGAAUUACAAGAAAAAAUGGAAAAGUCAUUGGAAUUGGUUCAUAGGGAUAUUGUUUCAGCUGGUUCUUUAUACUUGUAG